AUGAGGUUUUGGACAGAACCAUUCAGUUUGUUGUUAUUGACAGUUUCUUUACUUUGUGUCGCUGAGGGAAAUUUGACUAAUUGUACGAAAGCUCGGCCUUUUUUAACGAAACGGCAGCCGGGAAGAAUUCAUAGUUCCUUGUUAGUUGGCAAGCAAAGGAAAAGAAAAUUGAAUAUCGACCACUCGAAAAAGCUACAUGGCGGAAAAUGGCGAAAAGACAACAACACAUAUCAGGACAAGACCGUCAAGAAACAACAGCACGUUUUUAAAGGCAAAAGUAAGUUGAAUGUUAACAUUCAAGAUAAACCAAUACAUUGGAAAAAGCUACAUGAAAUGAACGAUUCAAAAACGAGCAAGCACAACAAACCAACCAGGAAACAUCAACGUAUUUUCCAAGGGAAACGAAAAUCACAAAUCGAUAUUCAGGGAGAGCAAGCCAAAUCUCCUGUAAUGUACACCUCUCAAAAUGGGCAAGACCAAUACUUAACCGUUAGGACCAACCAACAUCCACUUGGAACACCUCUAAUCCCACAACAAUCCCAAGGUACCCAAAUAAACCCUAAUUUACCCUCAAAGACUUUUCUGGUCACAGUCUACGGGGAUCAAAUCGAAGGGGCAGAAGAGAGAUUACGUGAUGCACUUGCAGAGCAACAGCCGACGAAGUGCCCUUCCAAAUGUGAGAGUACUCCAUGUAAGCAAACUGAAGAGGCUUGUCCUUGUGACGAGACCGUUGACGAAGCGCAGGCAAAUCAGGCAGUCAGCCUGCAGGCAGGUGGGCCGAAGUUAAUACUCUUCCCAAAUGCGGGUAGACCAUUUGGGCGUGAAGGUUGCAUAUGCCCGUGUUGUUUGUGUUCUUGCUCAGAACCUGGGCACGAGAACUAUAAAUGUGGCUGUCAAAACUCUCCCUCAGCACCCUGUCCUUGUAGCUCGGCCAUGAACGCUAGCAUUCAACCGCUGACAUCAUCCGUGGGCUCAAACUCAUCACCAGUCUAUCCAGGAACCAGUGCGGUCGCAACUGGAAAUCAAGUUGCAUCAUGGACAGGAGGGACGUCGUCAUGUCCCUGCUCUUGUUGCCCAUGCGCAUGCACGCAACCCCAAAUGUAUCCCAACUAUCAGUGCGGGUGUGCAAGUCAGUCGCCAACCCCAUGUCCAUGCAAUAAUCAGGGUUGGAAUUAUGACCAAUCAGGGGCAGAAAAUAACAUAGCGCGAUCAUCGGAGAAUAGUCCCUAUACGUCAUCAGUCCCUACGAACAAUGGACCUGUUGUUCAAACAUUCCGGUCGGGGGACUAUCAGUUUGAAAGUAGUUGUGAUUGCUAUUGUUGUCCGUGUUCGUGUCCUGGGACCAAGUACUCGGCCUACGAGAACAGUCAGUGUACUUGCGGGCAGGAUAAUCAGGCGACCUGCACGUGCAGGCGUUCUGAGGUGCGAAACAUGAACUGA